AGACUAUGUGUGGUGGCGAGAGAGUGCAAAGCUAGUUGAGUGGAUGCCCACACACAGUGCCAUCGGCUUCUGGUGACCCAAAACUAGCGCAGCAUUCCAUGAGUCAUUUUAUGAAGACUGCGCCCGUUUCCCGAUUCCAAAAUCAGAGGGUGAAACUAGAACAUAUCGGACAGGUUUCUUAUUUCCUCACCUGAGAACUUAAGAAGAUAAGAGAAUCUUAGAAUCAUGUACGGAGGGACUGGUUAUGGAAACCCCGGUCACCAUCAGCAACGCUUGAUGUCACGGGGGCCUGGCCCACAGAUGGCACCGAUGGGCCCGGGCCCUCAGGUCCGUCGACCGCUCCGUUACCUGCCCCCUGAACCCCGUGGAUAUGCGGAGUUUCCUGCUAUCUAUAUGGGGUCUGUUCCCCUUGGGGCUGGGAAUGGCGGCGGGGAUCCAAGUUUUGAAGAUGUAGCCCGCGUUGUGUCGUUUCUCCGAGACAGGACCGAAGACUUCAGGAGGAAUGGUACACGUCUCAAGAUGUAUGUGAUGGAAGUGGGCUGUGAUAGAGUGUCUUUCAAACAACCUGAGACGAGAGAUGUUCAGCACAUCCCAAUAAAUCUGAUCCAUUUCGUCGCUGCCGACCCGCGUCAUAGCAACAUCUUCUCCAUGGUGGCCAGAGGUAAAGGGAACCGUUUCGUGUGCCACGUCUUCGAGUGUAACACCCCGAGGCAGUGCGGGGUCAUCACGUCCACCCUGUCCGAGGCGUUCCGUGUCGGGUAUGAGAACUGGAUCCAUGUGGAGGAGAACCAACGCAGAUUGGCCGAGAGGAGGGAAAUGGACAUGGGAGGACUUGACUAUUUUCAAGAAUGGGACGACCACGCCCCACAUGGCACGCCAGUCGUCAACAUCGUCGAACGCUACAACAGGGGCAUCUCUUGUCCAAGAAACUUCGUGAGGCCCCAAGACGAGUUACCUGUCCUCCCGGACCGCCUCAUCGUCACCCAGGGCGGCCGAGAGGUCAAUGGAGAACCCUCAUCCAUGAGGUACUCGUUCGAGGAUGAAGAAGAGGAGUUUGAUGACUACCCGGUGGAAGAGGUCUACGUUAGGUCUGGUGGUGGGGGGCGUCGCCGGAACCAGCCUGUUGUCUACGACGUACGCCCUGACUGGGACUAAGGCCAGGUACUAGAUCAGACGUUGAUUUCACAAAGAUAGUCCUAACUUAGGGUUAGUCCUAGACUUGGUUCCAAGUCUUUGAUCGUGGCUUUUUGAGUCCUCCUGCUGAUAGCUUCUACAUUAUUGGCCGAAACAGUGCCCUCUUGUUUCGGGUUAGGCGCUUGAUUACUAAUAAUGUGGGGGCGUUUUUCGUGGCUGAGAUGCAGAGGAAUAACCCGAUCUAAGACUUGAAAUCGAGUCUAGGUUAGUCCUUACGUAGGGUUAGUCCUAGGACUCUGAUAAGCUGAAAAGUAGCAUGCCUGUAUAAGUUCAGACGAAAAGCUCAUCGUUACUGGAGAUAAGACUAGUCUUUAACUCUUUGUGAAAUCUACAUCUGAUGAGGAUAGGACGUUGAAUAUACAAAUUUCUAUCUUAAGGUGGAAUUCGAAAUAAUUAUUUACUCAUAUCUGUAAUGAGAAUUUUAAUCACCGGUUACAAGUAUAGCCAGCAUUUUGUUUGUUUUUUUGCCAUCAUGCCACGCACUGGAAUACCCAGUCUAGUCUCAUGAAACUACAUAGUAGAUCUUUUGGAAUAAAACAGAAAGUCUCACCAGUCCAGUUAUUUUGGCUGAAUUUCACAAAGCUGCUUAAGCUGAAAAUACUUCUAAACAAAAUUCUGCUGUGCAUAUUAAAGCAGAAUACCACUCAUCGAUGGUACAUGUGAAAUGGAAUUUUGGUCGAUGACUUUACUUCCAUAAGGAAAAUUUGGUUUUGCUUAGCUGUUUUGUGUGCUUAAAAGCUACUCUAUGAAUUUGGGAUCAGUUAGCAAACAAAAUUUUAUAAACUGGACUGCAAAGUUUUGCUAAUCAAAUGGGUUUGUGAUGGUGGGAAAACAAAAACCUCACAAA